GGAAGGGAAAAGCUCAUGAAUCAAGAGUGAAUCUCUUCUCCACCAAUCUUUUUUCCCCCUUCUUAAAGUUAGCUCUCUCCCUUCACAAGUUCCGUAAGUUAUCCGGAGAAGUGCGGGGUCGGGACAGGUAGGGACGCGUUAAUUACACCUAAAUCUGAAGUUGGCAGUCGAACGUUAUCACUUUGGUGGGAAGACUCGCGAAACUCCCUUGCAGGCUGCUGGGCGUUUUACCGCUGCCGCUGUGCAUUUUCAGCUCCCUUCUUUACGCUGCUGCUUCGCGUUGCUCUGUGACGCCUAAAUCUACCCGGUUACUGCCAUAAGUGCCCGAAUCAGGACGAAUUCCACGAGAUUCACCAGCGGUUUUGUUCCUGUCCAAGGUCGCGCCUCGGAUCCUGCGCGAGGCGCCAACAAAAGAGGCGAGGAGGUACCACCCGGGGGCGGCUGCUGGAAGAGGCGCGGAGGAAGAGCGCAGCGCUGAGCGUCCCGACCCGCCGUGCGUACUUUCUGGAGGGAAGGGGCGGGGGACUCGGCCCCGGGAGGGGGACGCCCGGCGGCGAGGGGGUUAGCCAAGUUCCUGCAGCAGCGGCGGCGGCAGCGGCCCUCCUCAGCUUCCACAAGACCAAAGUUUUCUCCAGACGCUUCCGGCCGGCCCGCGCCCUCCGGGCCCAACCUCCCGAACCUUCGGAGCGGGCAGCGUCCCAGCCCAGCUCCGGGGAGACCCGAGCCGCGAUGCCUGGGGGGUGCUCCCGGGGCCCCGCCGCCGGGGACGGGAGGCUGCGGCUGGCACGGCUGGCGCUGGUCCUCCUGGGCUGGGUCUCGUCGUCCUCCCUCCCCUCCUCUGCGUCCUCGUCUACCUCCUCGGCGUUCCCGGUCUCCGCGGCGUCCGCCCAGCCCCAGCUGUCGGGCCGAUGCCCCCCGGCGUGCGAGUGCUCCGAGGCGGCGCGCACCGUCAAGUGCGUUAACCGCAACCUGACCGAGGUGCCCGCGGACCUGCCCCCCUACGUGCGCAACCUCUUCCUCACCGGCAAUCAGCUGGCGGUGCUCCCCGCCGGGGCCUUCGCCCGCCGGCCGCCGCUGGCCGAGCUGGCCGCGCUCAACCUCAGCGGCAGCCACCUGGAGGAGGUGCGCGCCGGCGCCUUCGCGCAUCUGCCCAGCCUGCGCCAGCUCGACCUCAGCCACAACCCGCUGGCCGACCUCAGCCCCUUCGCCUUCUCGGGCGGCAACGCCAGCGUCGCGGCCCCCAGCCCCCUGGUGGAACUGAUCCUGAACCGCAUCGUGCCCCCUGCGGCCGAGCGGCAGAACCGGAGCUUUGAGGGUGUGGUGGCAGCGGCCCUGCGAGCAGGCCACGCGCUGCGCGGGCUCCGCCGCCUGGAGCUGGUCAGCAACCGCCUCCUCUACCUGCCCCGCGACGUCCUGGCCCAGCUGCCCGGCCUCAGGCACCUGGACCUGCGCAACAACUCGCUGGUGAGCCUGACCUAUGUGUCCUUCCGCAACCUGACACACCUCGAAAGCCUCCACCUGGAGAACAACGCCCUCAAGGUCCUGCACAACGGCACCCUGGCAGAGCUGCAAAGCCUGCCUCACGUCAGAGUCUUCCUGGACGACAAUCCCUGGGUCUGUGACUGCCACAUGGCGGACAUGGUGGCCUGGCUCAAGGAGACAGAGGUAGUGCAGGGCAAAGCCAGGCUCACCUGUGCAUUCCCGGAAAAAAUGAGGAAUCGGGUCCUCUUGGAACUCAACAGCUCCGACCUGGACUGUGACCCUAUCCUUCCUCCAUCCCUGCAGACGUCUUAUGUCUUCCUGGGUAUUGUUUUAGCCCUGAUAGGCGCCAUUUUCCUACUGGUUUUGUAUUUGAAUCGCAAAGGGAUAAAAAAGUGGAUGCAUAACAUCAGAGAUGCCUGCAGGGAUCACAUGGAAGGGUAUCAUUACAGAUAUGAAAUCAAUGCGGACCCCAGGUUAACAAACCUCAGUUCUAAUUCGGAUGUCUGAGAACCGCACGAGGACAGAACAAGGACAGCUAUGCAUGAGAUGUAGACUUCAGCUUGUGUCCUGUCCUAGGCUUGCUGCACCACCACCCUCCACUGUAGCUGCCACUGACCUUGACUGAAAGCAGUGAAGGGAGUUUGCUCCCUUAUGUAAAGUUUCUUGGUGUGUUCUGCUACUGUAAGACAAUGGACAACUGUGCUUAGUGUUUUAUCCUCUUCCUUUUCUGGGAAAUCAACACAUCUGGAGGGAUGUUUUCAAGUUUCAGCAUGAACAUGGCCUCCUGGCUGUCUGUUUCUCUUAGUACAGUUCAAGGUUAUCAAGUGUACUCCCACAGAUAGCAUUCAACAAAAGCUGCCUCAACUUUUCUGAGAAAAAGACGUAUUUCAUAAAUAUCAGUUUUAUUCUCAUGUACCAAAAUUGUGGAGAGAAUGAUUGCAUUCCAUAAACUGCCCGCAGACCUUAGCAAGCUCUUCAAAGUAACUCCAUAGCACACAGGAGCGCCUGCAUCUGAGAGCAUGCUUACAUUUUCCUGUUCUGCAUAUUACAAAAAAUAACUUGCAACUUCAGAUAACUUCUUUGACAAGUUACUUUUCUGAUUGCAGUUUAUAUGAAACUGUGCUGACGUUUUUUUAUAAACUGCAUCGAGAUCCAGCAAACUAAAUUGUUCCCAAAAAAUUAAAUAAAGAUUCUUAAAAGAA